UGUGCAAGUUGGACUUUGACAUUAUAUUUUGAUAAUUUUUAAAAGUGGACAGUGGUGUCGAUUUUACUUUCUCUUCCUGAUAAAUAAAAUAAACCAAAAAUGUCUGAAAACAGUAGCCCCGUAAAAUAUUUUCUGAGUGGUGGUUUUGGCGGAGUGUGCACUGUUUUGGCAGGUCACCCAAUGGACACAAUAAAAGUGAGAUUACAAACUAUGCCGCUGCCCAAACCUGGAGAAUCGGCCUUGUAUGCGGGAACAUGGGACUGCUUCAAGAAAACAAUUCAAAAGGAAGGUUUUAGAGGAUUGUACAAAGGAAUGUCCGCACCUUUGACUGGCGUUGCACCUAUCUUUGCUAUCAGCUUCUUCGGUUUCGGACUAGGUAAAAAGUUAAUUAAAUCAGACGAAAAUCAAGUUUUGACGAAACCGGAACUGUUUGCGGCGGGCGCAUUCUCAGGUAUAUUCACAACUUCUAUAAUGGCACCAGGUGAGAGGAUAAAGUGUCUACUUCAGAUUCAACAGGGUGGCAAUGCACCACAAAAGUAUAGUGGCAUGGUCGACUGUGCCAAGCAGCUGUAUGCUGAGGGUGGAAUGAGGAGCAUAUACAAAGGUAGUGUGGCUACUAUUUUAAGAGAUGUGCCUGCCAGUGGAAUGUAUUUCAUGACAUAUGAAUGGGUUAAAGAGGUUCUAGUGCCAGAGGAAGCUAGUGCGAAAAUGAAGAUGGUUGCGACUAUUGUUGCUGGAGGUUGUGCGGGUAUAGCUAACUGGCUUGUAGGAAUGCCGGCUGAUGUUCUCAAAAGCAGGCUACAAACUGCUCCAGAAGGCACAUAUCCCAAAGGCAUGAGAGAUGUGUUCAAACAAUUGAUGGAGCGAGAAGGUCCCUUGGCUCUCUACAAAGGUGUGACCCCAGUUAUGAUUCGAGCAUUCCCCGCUAAUGCAGCUUGCUUUGUCGGUUUUGAAUUAGCUGUUAACUUCCUCAACUGGGUAGCACCAAACCUUUGAUACUAUAAAUACCUAAAUUGUAUAAGCACAAUGUAAAAAGUAAUUUUAAGUAGAAACCUAUAUAAAGUAAGACAUUAAAGAAAUUUGUAAUAAAAAGUGUUAAUUGUAAUAAAUGUAUAAAUUAUUUUUCUAUAUUUGACAAUACAAGAACUUUAACAAUAUUAUGUAAUUAAAUGUUCUUAUUGUGCCCUGUGUUCAUGCCAAUUAUAGUUGUUGAUAGUGAAUCAUGUUGUGAUAUACUUCAUAUUAUUGUUAUUAAAAUAUCAUGUCCAUAUAAUUAUUACAUAGUAUGUUUUGUUAUAAUCAAUUAUUUUAAAUACCUACUUGUCAAUGAGGCAAACCUGUUACUGUACUUGGAUUAUUGGCUUGUACAUUUAAGGUAAUUCCAGUGAUUACUUUAAAAAUGUUCUAGUACAAUAAUCAAUCAAAGCAGAGAGUCAAUGUAUGGAAUAUGAAAAUGUCCAAAAGAUUUCAGAAUAUUGUUAUCUUCAUUUAUUUAAAAUUAUUGUUAAUACAUAAUUAGUGAUAGUCACUAUUUGGGAAGUGAUUAGGGUUGCCAGAUGUCCGGUAUUUAAAUGUACAGUCCGGUAUUUUCGAGG